AUGUCGUUGUGCGAUGUCGAUUGUACGGUUGUGCCCGGGAGAAACGAACCGAUUUAUUUGGUGAAGGUCGUUUGGAAUUAUCCCAUAUUAANACGGACGGAAAAUCCGAUGACUAUUCAACUGUUUCCUCCACCGGAACCAUCUAUCAACGAGGUGCAAGGCGAGUUCGGGGAAGGUGAGGUCAAAGUCACCGCCGCUGCCGACUACGAUAACGAUAACGAGGAAUCAGAUCCGGAGAAUGAAGCCCGUAUCCAAGGCUUUAUUGGUGAAGUGAAUCACAGUAUGAAUGCAAUGGCCUCCACACCGGUUCCGCGUGCGCUGGACUCCGAAUUGUUGCUGAAUGCCGCAUAUCAUCCAAGAACUGGACGACUGGAGUGUACAGUACAACAGGCACACGGGAUAUAUCUGGCUGGUUCCAAAUCUUCAAAACCUUAUUCGUACGUUCAGUUAUUGCUUCGGAACGAGGAAAAUACCGUGCUCGCGCAAAGCAAGACCAAAAUAUGCAAAAAAUCGAGCAAUCCGGCAUUCAACGAAACUUUCUUCUUCAGUGUGACUUCCACGCAACUCGAUACAAUCGCCCUGGUCUUCAUGGUCUAUCAUAAGAAACCACCGGGACAUAAAAUCUGUCUAGGAGGCUUUUCAAUCGCACCCCAACCACUGAAGACCACUGUGGAGGCAGCUGACUUAUCUCUGAUUGUGAUACAGAAAGACGUUUUCGAUUAA